GGGCGCCCAGGGAUCAUGGCGCUGCGCGCGGCAGUGUUCGACCUGGACGGGGUGCUGGCGUCGCCUUCCCUCGCCGGCGCCCUGGGCCGUGCCGAGGAGACCCUGGCGCUGCGGAGAGGCCUUUUGAUGGAAGCUUUCCAACAAGGCGGCCCGAGUAGUUCCGGUGUUCACCUCAUGAAAGGGGAGAUAACAUUUUCCCAGUGGGCGCCUCUCAUGGAAGAAGAAUGCAAGAAACAUUCUGCGGCCUCAGGAACCUGCCUCCCGGAGAAUUUCUCUAUACGUCAAAUCUUUGGGAAGGCCAUUGCAGAAAGAAAGAUCAACCGCCCCAUUCUCCAGGCUGCGCUGACUCUCAGAAAGAAGGGGUUUCUAACCUGCAUCCUCACCAACAACUGGCUGGACGAUAGCGCCCAGAGAGGCAGCCUGGCCCAGCUGAUGAGUGAACUGAAGCCGCACUUCGACUUCCUGAUAGAGUCGUGUCGUGUUGGAGUGGCCAAGCCCGAGCCCCAGAUUUACAAGUUGGUCCUAGACACCUUGCAGGUCAACCCCACUGAGGUGGUUUUCUUAGAUGACUUGGGGACUAAUCUGAAGCCGGCUCGGGAGUUGGGAAUGGUCACCAUCCGUGUCCACGACACCGCGGCAGCCCUGAGAGAGCUGGAGAAAGUAACCAGCAUGCAGCUUCUCAGUCCUGCAGCCCCUCUGCCAGCUCCAUGCCAGCUCAGCGAUAUGAGCCACGGGUAUGUGCCAAUCAAGCCCGGGGUCCGCCUGCACUUUGUCGAGCUGGGCAGUGGGCCCGUGGUGUGCCUCUGCCAUGGCUUUCCUGAGAGCUGGUUUUCAUGGAGGUACCAGAUCCCUGCUCUGGCCUGGGCGGGCUACCGGGUCCUGGCUGUGGACAUGAAAGGCUAUGGAGAGUCCUCGGCGCCUCACGGAAUAGAAGAAUAUUCCAUGGAGGUGUUGUGCCAGGAGAUGAUAACCUUCCUGGAUAAGUUGGGGAUCCCUCAAGCGGUGUUCAUUGGCCAUGACUGGGGAGGUGCACUGGUGUGGAGCUUAGCUCUCUUCUACCCUGAGAGAGUGAAGGCAGUGGCCAGUUUGAAUACGCCCUUCAUGCCGAUGGAUCCCAAUGUGACCCUGCUGGAAAAGCUCAAAGCCAAUCCGCUGUUUGCUUACCAACUCUACUUCCAAGAGCCAGGAGUGGCUGAGGCUGAGCUGGAGAAGAACCUGCCUCGGACUUUCAAAAGCUUUUUCUGAAGACAUGACGAGAUGGGGUGAAGGUGAGGGGCAGGGAUGCCA